AUGAUGGACAAUCUCCUUAUCUUGGUCAAGGGACUUCCCUUGCUGGCUUUGGGUGUGGCAGCGGGAGCGACAUACCCUCCUAUUCCUCUUGACUUGACCACGCCUGUCCAGCAUCGCAUCGCCAUCAACAGCCCGACAUCCGUCCGCAUCGCCUGGAAUACCUACCAACAACUCGGCCAGCCGUGCGUCCAGUAUGGCACGUCACAAUCCUCCCUCAGCCAGCAGUCAUGCUCGACCUCCUCCAUCACCUAUCCGACAUCGCGCACCUGGGCCAACGUGGUCACCAUCAACGGCCUAACACCCGCCACCACGUACUACUACAAGAUCGUCUCGACUAACUCCACGCUCGAGACCUUCACCAGCCCUCGCUCGCCAGGCGACAAGACGCCCUUCAACAUCAGCAUCGUCAUCGACCUCGGCAUCUACGGCAAAGACGGCUACACGAUCGACCAAGACGAGACCAAGCGGGACCUGAUCCCGCACAUCGACCCGUCGCUCAACCACACCACCAUCGGCCGCUUGCGCGACAACAUUGACAAGUACGACUUCAUUGUGCACCCGGGUGACAUCGGGUACGCGGACGACUGGAUCCUCAAGGCGCACAACUGGUUCGACGGCAAGGACGGCUACCAGGCCAUCACCGAAACCUUCUUCAACCAGCUGGCGCCCAUCUCCGCGCGCAAGCCCUACAUGACCAGCCCCGGCAACCACGAAGCUUCGUGCCAGGAGGUGCCGCUGACCAGCGCGCUGUGCCCUUCGGGCCAAAAGAAUUUCACCGAUUUCAUCAACCGCUUCGGCCGCGUCCUGCCCACCGCGUUCAUGUCCACCUCGCCUGAUCAGCAGGCUAAAGUCAACGCCAACAAGGCCCGGCUCCUCGCCAACCCGCCCUUUUGGUACAGCUUCGAGUACGGCAUGGCGCACAUCGUCAUGAUCGACACCGAGACCGACUUCGAGGACGCGCCCGACCAGCCCGGCGGAUCAGCCGGCCUAAACGGGGGUCCCUUUGGCUCGUACCUCCGGCAACAGCUAGACUUCCUCGAAGCCGAUCUCGCCUCAGUCGACAGAUCCGUGACCCCCUGGGUCAUCGUCGCAGGCCACAGGCCGUGGUACACCACGGGCACAAGCGAUUGCCAGCCGUGCAAGAAGGCGUUCGAGCCGCUGUUUUACAAGUAUGGCGUGGACCUGGGCGUGUUCGGACACGUGCAUAACAGCCAGCGGUUUGCGCCGGUGGUGAACGACACGGCAGACCCGAACGGGAUGCAGAACCCCAAGGCGCCCAUGUAUAUUGUCGCCGGAGGUGCGGGCAAUGUCGAGGGGUUGAGUAAGGUCGGCAAGAACAUGACGACGAAUCGGUUCGCGUACGAUGAGGCGUUUAGCUAUGCGACGGUCAACUUUUUGAGCGAGCAAAGAUUGCAGGUGGACUUUAUCAACAGCGAGACGGGCGCAAUUUUUGGAUCGGUCCGUGUUGUUUAA